UUGAUCAAUAUAGCUCAGGUUGUCGUACUCUUUAUUCAUCGAUUUAUUUAUGGGCUUGUGCCUGUGUUUGAAAUCACAACUUGUGCAUUUUGGCCACUCCUUGUAUCGUAAGCAAAAGCUUGCUUUGUGUAUAUAUUUGUAUUCAUCUCUUUCUUUUUAAAUACAGGCUAUGGCAUUUAGGUACAAGUUUUAAAAGUUCUUAAUUACAUCCUAUCUAAUAAUGAGCUACAUAGAUUAUGUUCUUGUUUACUUGACCAUGUUUAAGCGAUUACUUAUUCUCGAAGCAGAAAAGGACUCGAUCUGGAUCAAGUGGGUUGGCUUUUUCUUGAUUGCUCUCCGAUUUGCAGACUGGCCCUAUGAAUUGGCAUUUUACUCUCUUCAACGAGAGCUUAUGGUUCAACAGGUUGAAUCAGGUGCUAAUUGUCUUGCUGCAUGGGGUCAAGGUGUCCUCAUUCUCAACUUUGUCUCGGAUGCAUUGGCCAAUUUAUUUUUAAGUGGCAUGUUUGUCAGAAGACUUUAUGUCCACAUCAGACGAGCACAGACUGUGAUCAGUCAUAGAAACAAAGUGAUUGAAUAUAUUGCUCGUAAAUCACUUGUCUGCUUAACACUUACAUUUAUUGUCAACUUGGUGAUGAACAUCCUCAAAGUCACAGAAUUUCUUGGUAACCGCUCUGACACAUUCACCGUUUAUUUCCAAGUGAUUGAAUCAACACUGUUGGUCGAAGCACUUCGAAUUGAUCACACCUAUCUCUCUGAUAAAUCAUUCUGUGAACAUUGUGGUAUGAUUAUGAACAGUUACUCUAAUGGACAAAAGAAAAGCGGCAGUAGUCAGCAGAAAAGCUCUCGCUUAAGGUCUCCUGCGACAGCUUAUAAUCCUUCAAUCUCUUCUGAUAUACCAAUUACAACAAUUCGUAGCCAUCAUGAUAAUUAUGAUCAUAUGCACUAAUCAUGUAAUAAUAAUAUGUAGAAAUUCCCCCUAGACUUGUUAGAUUUACAACUAUAUGCAAUAAAAU